GGCCUGCGUGGCAGCCGGCGGGGCGCGCGCCCAAGCGGCGGCGGGCAGCGCGUGCGCGGGCGGCGAGCGCGCGCGGCGAAGUUGUCUGUGGGACGCGGCCGCCGCUCUCUCGACCGUUCGUUCGCCGCGGGGCUGUGGGGGCCGCGGCCCCUCCGGGACGGGCACCGGCGCUUCUCCGCCGCCUCGCCGGCCGCAGCACCGAGAGGCGGAGUGUGGUAUGAUACCAUGGAAGGGCAGCACAACCACCCGCAUCAUCUAGGGGACCAGAACAACCCUCUCUGCAAGCUGCCAGGGCAGGAGUACCAGCAUGAUCCUCAGAGGCAUUUAACAUCGUACCCAUAUCGCUGCACGCUGGCAGAUUUUCAAAUAGAGAAAAAGAUUGGACGAGGACAAUUCAGCGAAGUUUACAAAGCAACUUGUCUUCUGGACAGAAAACCUGUGGCAUUAAAGAAAGUUCAGAUUUUUGAAAUGAUGGAUGCCAAGGCUAGGCAAGAUUGCAUUAAAGAAAUUGACCUCUUGAAGCAACUGAACCACCCCAAUAUAAUUAAGUAUUUGGAUUCUUUUAUUGAAGACAAUGAACUUAACAUUGUCCUGGAACUGGCCGAUGCUGGUGAUCUCUCUCAGAUGAUUAAGUAUUUUAAAAAGCAGAAACGGUUAAUCCCGGAAAGGACGGUGUGGAAAUAUUUUGUGCAGUUAUGCAGUGCAGUUGAACACAUGCACUCCCGCAGGGUGAUGCACAGAGACAUAAAACCAGCCAACGUGUUUAUAACAGCCACGGGGGUGGUGAAGCUGGGAGAUCUUGGAUUAGGCCGUUUUUUUAGUUCUAAAACCACCGCAGCACAUUCCUUAGUGGGAACUCCAUACUAUAUGUCCCCAGAAAGAAUACAUGAAAACGGCUAUAACUUUAAAUCUGAUAUCUGGUCUUUGGGCUGUUUAUUGUAUGAGAUGGCAGCUCUUCAGAGCCCUUUCUAUGGAGAUAAAAUGAACCUGUUUUCUCUCUGCCAAAAAAUAGAGCAAUGUGACUACCCACCUCUUCCAGCUGAACAUUAUUCUGAGAAGCUGCGGGAGCUGGUCAGCAUGUGCAUAUAUCCCGAUCCCGAUCAAAGACCUGACAUUGGUUACGUGCACCAAAUAGCGAAACAAAUGCAUGUGUGGACCUCCAGCACCUGAGCGGCCGCAGCCGCUGCGAGGAGCCGGCACAGCGCAGUCUUACUUGAAUUUGAUUUCUCAGAUGAAACCGACUGGUGCCCAGUCACACAAGUGAGAGGGUUGAGCACUCAUAGCAAGAUGCUCCAUUAUUUCUGCAGGUUAUUUGACAAGGACUCUUACAAGGUGGUCAUGCUUUAAAGUGAAGAUUCUGUGAGGUAUUGCAAGUGAUUUUUUUUUUUUUUUAAGGCCAAUAACAUGUUACAGAUGUAGAUCAUUUAAGGGUCCUUUCUUAAAACUGUCGUGUGUAAUCUAGGGUAGAUGAUAGUAACGGGGGUGGCGGAGCAUUUGACACACCCCUGCUAUCUUAACUGUAAUGUGAAAUAUUGAAAUAAUUCCUUCAGUGAAAUCACUUUAUACUAAUGUAAGAAUUACAGUAGAUUUUGUGUAAUUUGUAUAACUGCUACUUUGCCUCUUCUGCAAAUGGUUAAUAGCAAAUUCAGUUUUUACUUCGUAUAUUUUAAAGCAGCCAUUUAUGUGUUUUUAUUAAUUCCCUCCUCUUCAGACUUAGGAAGGGGGAAGGGUUGGGGGGUGGGAAACACAUUUGUUUCAAGAUUUCUUUUUUUUUUUUUUUUUUUUUUAAUUGAAAACGUAGAGUGAGUAUUUUGCUGAUGCAUUUAUCGGUCAACUUGGCUACAGCCAGUGGGAUGAGGUGAGCACGUACCUGGGGAAAACCAUGCCAACCCCCCCAAAACACGCACUGCGUCUGCAAAUGAUUUCUCUUUCAACUUGUUUUCCCAUUUGGCGUGAUUCUUUUUAGACUACAGGUUCUUGUUAAAAACCAGUGUUUAUCUAAGCCAAUUCGAUCUUGGUGGAGAUACUUUUACAUGUUCAGUAGUACAUUAGGUACUACAGGUAAAACUCAAGCAAAGCAGUGUUUUAAACAUUUAACUUUUUUUUAAAAAGUAGUAAAAUGCUUUGUGUACCUUAUUCUACAUAAGGAUCAGCCCCCAUCUAUUUAACUGUGAAAGCUAAUUUAGAGAAUGUGAAUUUUUAUAAAAUUUCAACCUGAUUUGAAGGAGUCAUUGUCUUUGACUACAUGAAAAUUUUCAAUCAACUAAAUUCAUUCAUUGAAUCAAUGAUUUGUUUCUUUACUGUCAAUGGAAAAUAUUCACUGCUUGAGGAAGAGGAACAACUGUGGAUUCACGUUCAAGUGUUUCCAUUUCAUGUGCCUGGUCAGGGCCGCACAUCGCGCCGGGGGCGACGGCGGGGGAUUACCUGAACCCCACUGUCCCAGCGCCGCUUCUGGGGGCAAUGGUGGCUCGUGCCGAAAUGGAGAUUUGUGCCUGACAGUUCAAAUGCAGCCUGUGCCUCUUUGGUUUUGUGUUUCUUUUUUCUUAAGAAAAGCAUACAAUCCUUAAUUUUUUUGGAGUAAGAUUAGGGUUAGAGGGUUACAUACAUAUAUAUGCUUCUAGUGGAUUUUUUUUUUUUUAAAAACUUAAUUUGCUCUACUUAAAGGAAAACUGCAGUGCCAUCUUCAAGGACUUCCCAUCAAAUUUGAAAUAUUUAUAUAGUUUAGCAAAGCUAUUAAGUUCUGUGACUGAUGUUGGUAUUACUAAUGCAAGGUGCCAUUUUAUUGAGUCUUCUCAGCAGAACGUGGAGGCUGCUGCGCUCGUGAGAGAGUCGGGAAAUUCAACGCAGCACGAGGAUGUCGCGGAGGCACCAGAUUGCUCCCCCUUCCCAUGCUAACGUGGGUAACUUACACCCAGCUUCUUUAGCAAGUCUUAGGGUUCAGACUGAGGACUGGCACCUCGCACUGCAGUUUCCUUUAAGCGGUGGUGGCAGCUACACACGGGGAGGGUUGUGCUGCGCCUCCCCGUGUGACACGGAGGAGCCCCGGCUUCCAGGGAGGCUCAGCUCAACUUGGAGGAUCUGGAGGAGUCUGGUCACUUUCUUGCUACAUAAAAUUUACUAGUGCUUACAAGUAAAUGUAUUUCAAAAGGUAA